UACCCUUCAUGGGAAAGAGCGGACGGCGGUCACAUAGGGGUGAGGCAAGUUGCUCGAGCUCGUCAUGUCGAUGCUGGAGAUGCUGAGCCAUCGGCACGGAGUGACGAUGAGGAUUCACAAAGCGGCGAAAAAUCCGACGGGACAUCAUCGGAGUCUGAACAGAAGUACGAGAUGCCAUGCAAAUUGGCGAUGUAUGACUUCAAUCAAUGUGAUCCGAAGCGAUGUUCAGGGAGGAAGUUGUUGCGAGCUGGAUUGAUUAGUGAAGUGCGCCUCGGCAGUCGAUUUCCUGGCCUAGUCCUGAGCCCCACGGGCAAGACGACAUUAGCACCUUCCGAUCGUGAUUUCAUCGACCAGUACGGGUUGGGAGUGGUUGACUGCUCAUGGAAGGAGGUUGAAAGAACACCGCUACAUAAGGUGAAGGCCCCUGAACAUCGCCUUUUACCGUACUUGGUAGCAGCUAAUUCUGUGAAUUAUGGACGCCCAUGCCACCUUACAUGCGCUGAGGCCUUGGCUGCAGGUACGGCUUCGACCAUUGUCAUACCGGGUGUUCCAGAUGUUUUGAAUGUUUUUUUUCAAGGUCUUUAUAUUAUUGGUCACGUUCGAGCCGCUGAGGAAUUGAUGAAACAGUUCACAUGGGGACCACAUUUCAUCGAUUUAAAUCGUGAGCUGCUGGACAGCUAUGCGAGUUGUGGUACACAUGAGGAAAUAAUGGAUUGGGAAGACCAAUUCGAAGCAGGUUUCAAGUAUGAACUUCAAACAGAAGGAAUGCGACAAGGAGCAGAAGCUCGGGUCUACAUCUGCACUUAUCUGGGUAGACCAGCAGUCAUGAAAGAGCGCUUUGUUAAAAAAUACCGUCACCCAGAGCUGGAUCGAAGGUUAAAUAAGGCGAGGAUGCGGAAUGAGCUCAAAGGGCUUGUCAGGGCACAGGAGUUAGGAAUUGGAGCACCCGCCGUGUUUUUCAUAGACAGCGAUAAUAACAGAAUAAUAAUGGAGCGAAUAGAAGGUUGUACGGCAAACUCGUGGAUUGAAACACGACGACAGGAAGAGAACGGAUCAGCCCAGUUUGUGGCAGAAACCCUGGAACUUGGAAAAACUAUUGGUGAAGCCGUUGGGAAAAUGCACUUUAGUAAUCUGAUACAUGGCGAUCUCACCACUUCCAAUGUUAUUCUGAAAGAUGGCGACUACAAGAGACCCUAUUUCAUUGAUUUCGGAUUAUGUGCUCUUGGAAAGGUUAGUCAAUACUUCGCUGUUUUUUUA